UUAAAAAAAAAAAAAAUCCAACCACAGCGACAGCACAGAGCUAGCUAGCAAGCAAGCACUCUAAAAGCCGUCUCCGUCUGUCGGUUUUCAGUUGCUCGGCAGACAUCCAAGUGAGCGCAUUUUUUCUUUUAAAAAACGGGACAUGACACCGCUUUCCGUUUUGUUUUUGAGUUUUUCUUUUAUUUUUUCUACAUUUUUGACUUUAACAAAAAGAAACAUUUCCAUCACGACGCUAACGCCGCCAUAACUAUUUUUUUUCAUCGAAAAUCAUAGUUAAAAUAAACAAUAUGUCAUGUUAAUAUGAAUAAAAGUCAGUGUUAAAAUAUACUAGAUACCGUUAAUUUGUUUGUUCAUUCUAUAUAUUCUGACAGAUAAAACAAAAUAUCAUGAAUUGUCAAAAUUUGGAUUAAAAAUUUAAAAAAAAAAAAAAAAAAAAACAGAAAAAACAAGAAAAAAAAAUAAUCGUGAGAUAUUUUUAAUUCAGCAAUCGAAAAUAGAACACACUCUACGCCUCUCAUAUUUGCUGAUUAAUAAUAAUUUUAACAUAUUUUAUGUCAAUUUAGUAGCCGUCGUCGUUAUUUGUCGUCUUCUUCGUCGUCACAAGAGCUUGGCAGUCUCUAUAUAAUUUUCGUCGGUUUUUUUUAGUCGAUAAAUGUCAUCACAGCGUUGUUUUUCCACACACAAAAAUUGUUUACAAUCUAUCUUUUUCGUUGUCGUCGUCGAUUGUGUCGUCGCCAUUAAAAUAAAAUAAAAACACAGAAAAAAAAAACUAUUCACAAUAAUAUAAAGCCCGUUAGAGAAUUAUUUUUUUUUUAUUAAAAAACAAAAAAAAAUAUCUACGAAUUCUUGAAAAAAUCACUCUGAUCAACAAAAAUAUUUAUUAUUUUGCUUACGUUCCUUUGAAAAAUAAAUCAUUCCUAAAUAAACACACACACACACAUACAUAAAAUAUAUGCACACACAUACGCAUAUAUACAAACCAACAACAUGAAAAGCAGCAGCAGCAGCACCAUUUUGUAAAUGUCACUUGAACUGUCAUCAACAAUACCAACCAGCAGCAUCACAUACAGGAAGCCCCUUAACAUAGAAAAAUAAAAAAUAAAUUCAGUUAUUUAACUGAUAAGCAAAACAUAUAAUUCACAGUGAAUCAAUAUCAAUAAAAAAAAAACUCAAAUAAAGGAAAAAAAAUCUAUAUGUCGCGUCCUUUUUAGCAGAGAUACUACUCAGUGCAUUCAUCUGUCAUAAAUUAAUAAAACUCUGUUUACACUGACAGUGCGGAGCAACACAAAACAAAAAAAAUAAUAAUUAGAAGAAAAAAAAAGCCAAAGAUCGUCUCAUAACUCAGCAAGGCGUUAAGAAAAAAAAUAAUAAUAUAAUUCAAAAUAGAAAAAUUAAUCAACACACCGCCACAUUUGUGUGUAUUAUGAGCGAGAGAAAUUUUUUGUGAUCAUUUAAUAAAAAAAAAAAUUGUUUUCAUUCACAAAAAUAAAGAAAAACAAGUGGUUUUAUAAAAAAAAAUUUACUUGCUAUUGUGAAUUUCAAUUUAAAAAAAAAAAAAAGAAAAAUUAGUCAAUUUUUUUUCGUGUAAAAUUAAAUUUUUUUCUGCUAAAUAAAUUUAUUUAAAAAAAAAAAUUAAGUGCAAGAUAAUUAUAAUUAAAUUAAUUUUUUUGUUCUUUUUUUUGGUAAUAAAUCGAAUUGGUUUUUGCUUAAAAAAAUAAAUUAAUAGUGAUUAAAAGUUAUUUAAAAAUAAUAGUUAAAUAUUUAAAAAAAAAAAAAAUACAUACUAGAGAAAAAUCACAUCACCAAAAGUGAUCGAUCAACAUCGGAAGUAAUCAUCCUGUCAAAUUUGAUAUAUUCUAGCGAUUUCGGCAGGAAUAUCAAUCUGUGGCACAACCAUAAGCAUUCUAAUUGCGGUUAUACAUUGCUACCGUUCAGCACGUCGAGCCACUACUGGGGCUCUGGCAUUACCAAUUCCACUUUUGCCAGAAGAUCGAACCCCCUUGCACGCGGAGCCGGAACAUCCUGUACCCAUGCUAUCGGUACAGUCUGCCGGCUGCGCGGGAAUGGAGCGGCUCGGCGUUCCGGCCCGCACAUCAUUAAAUACACCUCCUGACGACAGAGGACACAUAAGUCGAAGAAUGCGUGUUGAUACAAUCCAAGCUCGUGAUCUACUAGUACGCGAUACAACACUACUUAGUGAUAGGCAAAUUAGAAAUAAUAAUCAUUUACAUCAGUAUCAUCGAGUUGGAUGUGGAGGCAGCAGUAGUAGUAGCUAUAGUAUUUGUAAUAGUAGCAAUAUUCGAGGUGGAAUUGAUGCAGCGACGAUAAUGACUGCUAAACAGCAACAACAAGCAGUCGCCGCAAAACUUAAACCAAUUAAUAAUGAUAAGCAACAUCAUCAACAGCAGCAACAACAACAACAAAUUCGAUGUCCACACCAUAUUCCAUUACCAGAUAGUGAAUGGGGUCAAGAUCGUGACUUGCAGAUACGAGCGCAAUAUCAGCAAUCCGAGAUAACCCGUUCAUAUAUCAAGCCACCUCCUAAUAAAACAGUCUUAGACGUUCCAGAGCAAUCCUAUAAUUUUUACUCAUCAACAACGCUAUCAUCGAUGGCAUCGUCAUCAGCGGCCAAUUCGGGUGUUUCGUGCAAUUUAAAAGCUAAUCUAACUAAUCAACAUUCUAAUAUCCACCACAACUACCACCUGCAGCAGCAACAACAGCAUGCACUGCCCUGCUCAAGUGGCAGCCAACAAUCAGCAAUAUUAACGCAACAGCAUCAAAAAUCAAAACCAAGUGUAAUAACAAAGCUGUUCUCGCGAAAAAGUAGCCCCAAAUCGCCAACAGCACUCUGUUCUUCAUCAUCAAUUUCGUCGAAUUCAUCACUUUCGUCAAGUGCAUCGUCGUCGUUCUCUUCAUCAUCGUCGUCCUCUUCUUCGUCAUCAUCACCAUCGUCGUCGUCUGUGUCAACAUCGUCGUCAUCAUCAUCACUGUGCUCAGCACAAGCACUUCCAAUAUCAAUUGCUGCCACAUUGACAGCAACAACAUGUAGCUUGGGAGCGGCAGCACCUUUCCACAAUAAUCUUAUGCCCACCAGUAGUAGCAACAUUACCUCGAGUUCAUCAUUUAUGACGACAAUCCACGGUGCCACGGCCUCAACUCGAGUUUCGCCAUCACCUCCGUUGGCGGUAUCAGUUCCCGUCGCGGCAUCGUGUUCCAGCAAUAUGUUGCAACAACAACAAAAAUUCCAUUUACAACAACAACAACAACACCAGCAACAUCAGUUGCUUGUUGAUAGUACAAAUUCCAGUAACUUAUCAUCGACCUCUCUGCACUUAUUAAAGAACAGUAGUAGUUGUAAUUUAUCGCCAGCAUCAUCGUCCACGGCUGUUGUAGUUGCAGAUGUUGCUUCAACAUCCAUAGACUGUUGUUAUGCACAAGCAACAAGCAUCCAACGAUCACAUUCUUCAUCAUCUUCAGCAGCAUUAUCAUCUCAACUGCAUCAACAACAACAACAACAAUCAAUCGAUAACUGUGUUAAUAGCAAUAGUAGCAGCAGUAGUAGCAUAAGUAGUAAUAAUAGUAUGUCAAGUUCGAGAAACUAUCAGCAUCAUAUUUGACAACAUAAUAAUGUAGUUAAAAUUAGCUGAAAUACUAAAUCUAGUAAUUAUUGUAGUUUUUCCAAUAACCACCAGCAUAAUAUUACUGCUGCUGUUUGCACUUUUUAAGAAAAAAAAAAGACAUAAAAACACCCACAAAACAGUAGCAGGAUGUAUAUUUUUUUUUUUUAAUGUAUUCUUUUCUUCAAAAUUAUUCACAUUGUCUAGAGUAAAUGUAAAUUCAGCUUAUGAUGUAAUAUUAUAUUUUCAAAAAAAAAAAAAAAAAAAAAACAAUAUAAACACUUCUUUUUCACAAUAUAUGUAUGUAUUAAAAAAAAAAAGUUAAAAUUCAUUAUAAAUAUGUAUUAGGCAAACAAACCAAUGAACUAAAUCAAAAUCCAUUGUUUUAAAUCAAUUUUAAGUGAUGAUUUAUUGUGUUCCAUUAGAAAAUCUACUGUAAUUGGCUGCUGAAUAGAAGCUGAAUUGGCAAUAAGUUGUAGAUAUUAGUUGAGAAAUCACAAAAAGACUCAUAAGUUUGGUGCUGAAAUGGUUUAAAAGGGGCUGAAUAAGAAAAUGCGUGCCACUGAAUACUGAAAAGGAUUAGAUCUUUUUAUUCAUUCUUCUGUGAAAAGAAUCGGUUUUACUGCUUCUCCCAUAAAGCAAGUUUUUUCCUUCAUGUUUAAAGCAUUUCCAAGGAUAUAAUCACGAGUUAUAAUUAAAAGAUUUUCAAAGCACUUCUUUAUAUGCGCUGAAUUAGUUUAAAAGCUGCAGAAUAAGUGAUUAAGGUGAAAAAUGUAAUUUUAUUGAUGAAAAGGCUUUUUAAAAACAUAAGAAACAGAUUUUAUGUAUGCGCUGCAUUAAUUGAUAAUGCGCUGAAUAACAGAAAAAAAAUAUGUUUGGUGGAUCUUACAAAUAUGUACUAUUUAAUGAUAUGCUGAAUAAGUUUAAAGGGCGCUGAAUACCUUAAUAAGAACAACAAUUUUUAUUCAUUGAGAAAAUGUGUACUUUUCUUCAUUUCAAACCAGUGUUUUUAUUUUUUGUAGAAAAUAAUCAUAAUCUGAGUUAGUAAGGACUUUAUUUCUUGUUUGAAACAAAUUGUUAGACAAUCGAAAGACUUAUUAUAAAGGCUGAAUUCUUUUUAAAACCGCUGAAUAAUCGAAUAAGAAAAGAAAUAUAAUGUUUUUAAUUGAUAAAUAUUAAAUGACAGACAAAUUCAGCAUAAAUUUGGAAAACAUUCCAGAAGACUUUCUCAAUUUACUCUUAAAAGUCAUUUAAUUAUAUUCAGCAAUCUUAUUUUUUCCCUUAAUAUUGAAAUGAGUAAGUUUCUGACAAAAAAAAAAAAACUACUUUGAAUAUAUUCAAAUUAAAUAUUCUUUACUAAUUCAGCACACCAAUUCCAUCAAAACCAUCAGAAAAGCAUAGUUUUGGUAUCAUUCUAAAGAAUAAUUUACCAGCGUAUUUUGCAUUGUAAUUUAGCAUUGGAAACCACUUCACGCUGACAAAGUAUUCCAUCACUUAUAAAUUGAAAAAUCACAAUUCAUUUGAAGUAUUUUCAAAUUACUUACAACAAAAUAUACAGCUACGCCAAUUUAGCUUCGAAUUAUUUAAAUUAAAUUACUAUCUCAAUUUUUUGUAUUAAAAUUAAAUUUAAAACAAUUUUUUUAAAUUAUAUUAAAAAUUUUGUGUAGGUACCAAAAAUUAUAUAUAACUAAAGGUUUCAUCCAUCAAAAAUCUAAUUUCUUCAUUUUAUUUUUUAUUUUGCGUUAAAAGUAAAAUAAAAUAUAAUCAAAAUUAUUCAACCUUGUCAGAUUACAAAAUAACAUGUAAAAUGUAAUAAAUAAAAUUAAAAAUUAAAAAAAAAAAAUCAAAUUCAGCAAAAAUUACAUAACCAUAAUCCGCAUAAAUGUUUCCUACUACUCCAAUCUUAUACAAGAAAAAAUACAAAAUUCAAUACCAGAAAAAUUAUAAAUAAAAUUCCUCUUCAACAAUUUUUUAUUUAAGAAAAAUAUUUAAAAAAAAAAACAGAAAUUCUGAAAACAAAAAAAAAUAUAAUAAUAAGUGGUGUGAAGAUGCAAUUUCGUUUAAAGUAAAUUUAUGAAAAAAAAAAAAACACUUUAAUUGGAAAUAAAAUUCCUUAAAAUGUAAAUAAUAAAACUCACAAUAAACUGUAAAAGAUAAAAGGAUGUUCAUCUCAUAGACAGGAAAGGCUAUUUAUGCCCUUUCGCAAGAUACCCACCCCAACUGAGAGCUCUUGCGCAAUAAACUGCCACUUAACGAGAAAAUACAACUUAAAUCUUUCAAAAUACAUUCACACAUCUUUAACACCAUUAAUAUUAAAAACAAAACAAAAAAAAUAAUAGUAGGCAAUUUAAAAUCCAAAUAAUACUUAAACAAUAAACAAACAUAUAUAUUUUUUUAAUUUGUAUCAUUUAACCUUUAUUUAAUCUGUACAGCUUUAAAAAAAAAAAUUAAAUUAAAAGAAAAAAAACCUAAACUAAAUAGACAACAGAAAUCAAUAUUAAUAUAACUACAUAAACUAACAUGGAGGUGCAUCAGAUACUAUAUUAUAUUAAAUAUUAUAUUUUUUUUUUUAUUUAAAAUUAUUUUUUUUUUUUUGUAAAAUCAUUAAUCUCUUGUAUAUUAAAUCAGUAACUGCAUAGAAGACCAUUUUUUUUACAGAAAAUCACAUCAGAAAAUUAGCCGAACUACCUCCUAAAUAUUUAAAAAAAAUUAAAUAAACAAAAAACUGCAUACAAUAUUAUUAAAAUUGCUUAGAUAUUUUUUUUAUUUUUAAUCUCUUCAAAAUUAUUUUAUUUAUUUAUUAUUUAAUUAUUUUUUUGUUUUUCUUUAGUAAAAUAUAACAUUUAAAAAUAAUGAAAAAUAUUACAUCAAACAAAAAAAAAAAUCCAAGCCGUCGACUGAUAUUUUAAUGAAAUGUUAAUAAUUCCGAAACAACGUGUAAGCAAGACAAAGAAUAGGAACUGAAAAAAAAAAUAAAACAA